AUGGCAGACGGCACUUCUGUAACUUACGGGAGAAAUGCGCCGGAGGGGAAACUGUCCAAAUCUGAGAAGAAAUUGGCUCGGAAACAGGCAAAAUCCAGGCAUACACUCCUGCGACAUGAAGGCAUCCACACAACAAACUCACCAACGAAACAUUUGAUCGUUGGAAAUGGGGGACUAGGCAACGGGGUUAGUCGGAGUGACCUCAAAUCACUUUUCGCCCAGUACGGUCAGCUGAUGGACAUUGUCAUGUUGCCAGGGAAACCGUACAGCAUUGUCUGCUAUGCAUCGGUCCAGGAGGCAAUGGCAGCUCACGACCGCCUCCAGGGAUGGCAGCUCCGCCCACCAAGUGGACCCAGUGCGGCUGUGAUACUGUAUCUCUCCUUCAUCAACGAAGUUCCACGUCCCAAGAUGAGCAGAAGCCACCCCAGCCUACCCCCAGGGCUUAUCCUGCUGGAAGAUUUCAUCAGUGCCGAGACGGAGGCAGCACUGACUGGAGACAAGUUGUGGGAGGAGGGAGAUCAGUCUGAGGAGGCGGUGCGGAUGACUUUGAAGCACAGGAAAGUCAGACAUUUUGGUUACGAGUUUAACUACGCCACCAACAAUGUUGACAAGGACAGUCCACUCCCUGACCCCAUACCGCCACUGUACACUGACAUCAUUGACAGAAUCAUGGCAACCGGGCUAGUGGAGAACAAACCAGACCAGAUCACCAUCAAUGAGUACCAGCCUGGUCAAGGCAUACCUCCUCAUGUGGACACGCACUCAGCGUUCCAGGAAGCCAUCAUCUCACUCAGCCUAGGCUCACAGGUUCUCAUGGAGUUCAGUAACCCCGUCGCUGGCCGUCACGUGCCAGUGUUUCUACCGCGCCGCAGUCUGCUGAUCAUGACUGGAGAAGCAAGAUACCUCUGGUCUCAUGGGAUCACACCGAGAAAAAGCGACGUCAUUCCUGCUCACAUGGAUGGAACGAAGAGUGGUACCACAUCUGAUGAAGUCACAGAGAAUGACCAGGGACUUACAUUGAUGCAACGUGGGGUCAGGAGGUCACUGACCUUCAGGGCUGUCAGGGGAGCUCCUUGUCAUUGUGCUUACCCCAGUCGCUGUGACACCCAGCUUGCUGCUGCGACCUCUCACCCCCAACCCACAGCUCCAACCGCUCCCUCCCUGCCGACCUCUGCCCUCCAGGCCAUUCACCUAGAGGCCACCCACGUCCACCAGGUGUACGACAGCAUCGCUGGCCACUUCAGCCAGACGAGGCACAAACCCUGGCCUCAUGUUCUGGGGUUCCUGCAGUCACUUCCAAUGGGGAGCAUUCUGCUCGAUGUGGGCUGUGGAAACGGUAAAUACCUCGAUGGCAAUCCAAGUAUAUUUUCCUUUGGUUGUGACCGGAGCGUCAAGCUCGUGGAGAUCUGCAAGGAGCGGCGGUUCCAGGCCUUCAGCUGUGAUGGCUUGAAUCUGCCUGUCCGUAGCGCCAGCAUCGAUGCCUGCAUCUGCAUUGCCGUUAUACACCAUUUCUCAACUCAGAAUCGUCGACUGACAGCCGUCAAGGAAAUCGCCCGCGUGCUGAGGCCAGAUGGUCUGGGGCUGAUCUACGUGUGGGCCAAGGAACAGGAGAAAGACCGGAUGAAAUCAUACUACAUCAGCAGUGCGGCUCGCAAGAAGAAAAAGAAUGCUCACCCCAAAGAAGACGAUGUACAAAGUGAGGACGUGGCAUCAAACGAAGACUGCAUGGAAAACAGCUUACACACCGAGGACGUCACAUCGGAUGGAGAUGGGACAUCUAAAGACAUCCACCUAGAUAGCAACAGGUACGCUCCGACAAAGAACAACAUAGGACACUCUGAGGACAGUAAAUCAGAAGACAGUAAUCUAGAAAGCAAGGACGUCCAGAGAACUGACAGAGCUUCUGGGGGAGACAAGGCAUUGCAAUGCUCCAGUGAAGAGUCUGGUUGUCUUUCAGAGGACAUUACAUCAUCUGUUAACAGAACUCGAGCUGAAAUAUCUGCCACUGCCAAAGCAAAUCAAAACUUGUGUGAAACAGAUUCUGCACGUGGAGCCAAUGGUAGUUUAUUAAAAAUCCAAGAUACCGAUGGUAAUUAUCAAAAUCGGGAAUCAAUUUGUGAUAAAUCCUACAUACAGCCAGAAAGUGCAAGUGUGGUCUUAUCGAUCCACAAAAACCGGACAGAGUUCGAAAGCCAGGACAUGCUGGUCCCGUGGCACCUCAAAAAGCAGACCGGGGAAAAGGAUGGCACACCCACACCUAAGAAUGGUACAGGCUGUGAGGAGGAGAUACCAGUGUACCACAGAUUCUACCAUGUGUUCCAGGAAGGGGAGUUAGAGGCAUUGUGCAGAAUGGUGGAUGGACUGGAAAUUAAAAGCUCUCACUACGAUCAAGGCAACUGGGGAAUUGUCAUUAGGAAGUUGUAGUCAGUUCUCAAAGUAAAUGCCAAUUUUACUUUAAUAUCUUUCGCCACCAUCCUGUGAAGUGUCUCCAAAAAUUGCAGCAUGUUGCUGAAAGUAAAAUGAAUCUCGGUGUUAUCGAGACCUCAAAUAUUGUUAUUACUAUUCCUACCUUUACUCAAAUUUUUUUUGUCAAAACCACAGUGAUUCUGGGUUUUGACUGAUUACAAAUGGUUCUUUAAAAUUAAUCAUAGAUGAAACAAAAUCAAACAGAAGUAUUUCUUACCAAAUUUGUGUAAAAAAAUGUAUUGGCCUUGUGAUUUUGGUUUAAAUACAACAAAAUAAAAUUUUAAAAGCAAAUAGAUAUUACCAAGUAUUUGAGAGUGAUAGACAAUCAAUCAUUAUUAUUGGGCUAUCAAGGUGACUGAAGACUCAUCUUUCACCAACUGAAUGAAGCUCUCCAAUGUUGCAUUUCUAACAAAAUCCCCCUCCCCCAUAUCCUUGUAACAACUUGUUUUUCAAACGCAGCAGUCUGGCCAACAAUCGUGACCACUUAGAAAUGACUUUUCCAGCUUUGACAGAGAGUUAUUGUCCCUCCCAUUUCCCAGAUUAUGUUUUGCCAUAAUUUCUAGCAUGAUGCUGUGCAUAAAAUGGCAUUUAAAAAUACUUGUAACAAACAACUGAACUUUAAACUCUACAUUACCUGUAUGCGUAUAUAUCCCAAACAUAAAUACAGAACAAAGUAAAUAUAUUUGUAUAAAUAAAAAUGACACGCAUUCCAUCUAAGAGCUCUUACUACAGAAGUACAUUGGGUUGAGAAUUGUUCCCUUUGUUUUCUCUGGACAAAUUCACAGGUGAACAUUGCCUCCCCACCAGCAGGUCUUUAUUCUAAAAGUGAAUAAUGUAACUUUUCAGAAUGAAGCUAUAAAGAAUAAACAAUUGUCAUGAACCAUCAGAGAUGGGAAGAAGUGGGCAUCUGCUACAGACAAAUAAAUGCCCGCUGCAGCACAUCUUCAAUAAUGGUAUUAAUGGAACUAGUCCUUGCUAAGCUACAAAUGCUUUACACAAAAUUACACAUAAAUAUCAAACGUACUUUAAAAGCGUUGUUUAGGACUAAAAACUACUUUCCCGACACGGGUUGAACAGAAAUUGACUUCUGUACCAGUACUAGCUGAAGGUCUCUGGUGUAACAAAUAUACACUACUUUCUUCUUCCUAAAACCACUAUCACAGUUACAGACAGAUGUACACGGUGCCUCGGCACAGUUGAUAGGCACAACUUGUCGAGAUCUCUCCGGUUAGUUUACAGCGUAUGCAUUUGAGGCCGGCUGGUGAAGUUUUUCUCCAUUCGUCCAAAGCUGGACACUCCUUCAAUUGCUGCUACUCCCCAGGGAUUUAUGGGUUCUCAGGAGAGAUGAGAGUUUUGCUGCCAGUGGUCGCGUUUUGCUCAAAUGGCGACACGGUGGAUGUUUGUGUCUGGAGACUGUCAGUCAUGAUGGCAUUGUGCCUUGCUGUCCAUACCCACGAGAGUGUGCUGUAUAUCCCUAAUUCUACGACCAGAAUUUGCUUCAUGCGCACAGGUGGUACGUACCAUUUAAAUUUCUCAUUAAUAGGGUAUUGUGACUUGCCAAAAUGAAAGCUUCUGUCAAGUUUAAGAACAUGUACGCCAGCACAGUGCCAACGACCAAGUAUAGUUCUUAACUAUAUUUGGUUGUUGAACUGUUCCAACAGUUAUUCCAAUUUUAGUAGGCAAGUUUUUGAAACGGAAAAAAGUUCACUUUUGCUUGGUAAACAUCCAUAAGUUGGGCAAGAAGCCUCAAAAAUGUCCAUCACAAAUCCAGGUGGCAAAAACCUUGUUUUCGUUUCUAUCA